AUGCCGUUCAAGCUCGAAUCUGUAUUGGAACCCUAUUCUGGUGGUGAAAACGACUUCGCUCUUUGGCUGCAGGAGUUCGAGACGGUGGCCGAGGCUUCUAAGUGGACUAUUAAGCAAAAGUCACAAUAUAUCGUACUUUUUAUGAAGGGCUCGGCCAAAGAGAUCGCUAGGCAAGCCCUGGAGGAAGUUGAGGGCGAUCCAGCUGGUGCCUAUGCUCAUGUGGUUAGGGCCCUGGAUAGAGCGUACUCGCUCAAAACUCACGAGGCGUGGAAGCGUCUGACUCGCCGUGAGUGGCACAAGGAAGAUAGUGUUGAUGGUGUAUUAGCUGAAUUCCGCCGCUACCUUAGAGUGCUAGGGGUUACUACCACAGUGGCUGCUGAGAACAUCCUUCGUGAAAGCCUGAUUGCCACCCUGCCCGAAGACGUGCAGAAGGCCAUCCGGGUGUUCGAGGAGGAUGGGCGCCAGUUGCCUUUGGCUGAUGUUGUUGCUAAGGCUCGAGCUCAGCUGAAGACUUACUCUGGUGAGAAGAAGCUUGCUGCGGGUGCUGUCACUG